GGUUGAUCGUCGACCAUCGUCAAUCAUGUCAGCUUCAACUCUACAAACAAUGUCGUCCCUCCUGGAGAGGAUGACAAACCCAGAUACAGAUUUCCGCUACAUGGCUCUGGCGGACUUGACUACAGAACUCCAGAAACCGGGAUUGACGUUGGAUGAGGGGAUGAGUAAGAAGGUUGUGCAGGGUGUGUUGAAGGCUUUGGAGGAUAAGAAUGGGGAGGUUCAGAAUUUGGCUGUUAAAUGUCUCGCCCCGUUGGUUACGAAGUGUAGACCCAUACAAUUGAUGAGCAUCCUCGAUACCCUCACCGUUGGAACAGUUACGGAUGGGAGAAAAUCUUCGUCGAACGGGGAGGUAAACGACAUCUCCUCCACCGCUCUACGCACGUGCAUCAUCUCCAUCCCGACAUCUUCCCCCGCCGCAGCGACCCUCACCGACCGUCUGUUGCCACACUUGAUCGGCGCUCUCAAAGCCGGACACGAACUCGAAACCUUCUUGGACGUGGUAAUCGAACUCAUCUCCCGCUUCCCCGAGCACAUCGGUUCCCAGUCCGCGGAUCUCGAAUCAACCCUCAUCACAUUCCUCGACUCCCCCCGUCCCGCAGUCCGAAAACGCGCCGUGACGGCCCUCGGCGCCUGGUCCCGCACAGUCUCCCCUCAAUCUUUUUCGUUGCUCAUCUCCCUCAUCAUCGAGAAAUUGACGACGCAGGGAACGCACGAUAUCACCAAAACCCUAAUUACCCUCCUCUCCGAACUCGCGCGAAGUGUGCCCCGUCGUUUGGGUCCGUAUUUGAGGGGGUUGUUGGCGAGUGUGUAUGAGGCGCUCGAGGUCGAUGAUGAGGAGAUUCGGGAGAGUGGGAUUGUUGCCCUCGAGGGGUUUUUGGUGGCCUGUCCGGGGGAGAUGAGGGAGGAUGUUGGGACGUGUAUUGAGAUCGCUGGGAAAUGGAUUAAAUAUGAUCCGAAUUAUGCUGUUGAAGACGAGGAGGAGGGGGGUGAUGAUGACAUGGAUGACGACGAUGAGGGGGAUGAUGACGAUUUCGAUGAUGAUGAGGGUGAGUACGACGACGACGAAGACGUCAGCUGGAAAAUCCGGCGCAUCGCGGUCAAGAUCCUGGGAGCGUCUAUCCCCAUCGUCGGGGCGGAGAGGGGAUGGAGGGAUAUCGCACCCAUCUUGGUCGCGAGGUUUGGGGAGAGGGAGGAGAGUGUUAGGGUUGAUGUCAUUAGCGCUUUUACGCAGCUGUUGAUGGCUUCCACUGCGGUGGCGGGUGUUGGUGCUGGUGCUGGUGGUACAGCUGUGUCCAGUGGUAAGAAGAGGAGGAGGGAGAGUACGGAUCUGGCCGUGGCUAUGGCUUCGACGAAGACUGGGAAUGCGAAUGUGGAGGCGUUGAAGGGGUUGUUGCCGAAGGUGAUCAAGGCGUUGAAUAAGCAGCUCUCGAGUACGUCUGCGAGUGUUAACACUAAACUCGCGUGCUUUACCGCACUUCGCGGGAUCGUUGCGAUUCUUGGGGCUGAGGUUGACGAGGGGCUCAUCGCUGUCGGGACGAGUGCGACGAGGGCCACGUUGACGUCUUCUGGCGCGGGGAGCGCGGCGAACGUUAAUGGGCUUAGGAUGGAGGCUCUCAGGUUCGUGCAAGCGUUGGCGGCGAUUGGAGCUGGUGCUGGGGGGGUGAAGACACGUAUGUCUGAGCUCGUGGAUGCGGUGGUUGGGGCUGUGGGUGAUAAGUUCUACAAAACAUCCGCUUGUGCGGUACAGACUUGUAUCGAUCUCAUUCCGUGCCUCUCACAGGCGCAAGGGUUGGAUGAGGUUGUCAAGAAGCUCUUUGGCGUGUUUGUGGAGAGAGCGGCGUCGGCGGAUGUCGAUGCUGAGGUGAGGGAGGUUGCUGUGUUGGGGCUGGGGAGAUGUGUUGCAUCUUGCGCGUGGGGAUUGGGCGCGGAGGAGGGGAAGAGGGGGAGCGAGGUUUUGUUGGAGAGGUUGCGGAAUGAGACGACGAGGUUGGUGGCGUGUAGGGCAAUCAGUGAGAUUGCGGGGAGUGGGGUACAGGUCGAUGCGGGGUGGGUUAGGGCGGUUAUGGGGGAGUUGGGGGGGUUGUUGAGGAAGGCGAAUCGGGGCAUCAGGGUUGCGGCGUUGACGAGUUUGACGGCGCUUGUUCGGAAGGUUGGAGUUGAGGCUGGGGCGGGUGAGUUGGAAGGACAGUUAAUCCGUGGCGGGGCGGAGUUGUUGAGUACGGAGGAUAUGAAUGUGCUUGCUGUUGCGUUGUCGUAUAUGACCGCUCUCGUCGCUGCCGGAUCGGGGUCCGCGGCACAUGUUCUUGUUCCGAAGGUGUUGGGGUUGAUGAAGGAGGGUGUUGUGCAGGGUGGUGGUGCAGUGCUCGAUCACCUCGUUGAAGCGGCGGAGGUACUUGCGGUUCAUGGGGCGGGUGAUCAACUCAUUGAUGGUAUCAUGGCUGAUGAUAUCUCGAAGGGGGAAAUUGGCAUCGCGGCACGGGUGUUGGCGACGGUUGUGGUUAAUGGGGCGCAGGGGCGGGUGGAGGCAUUUAUUGGGGAAGUCCGGGCGCCGAAGACGAAGGAGGAUAGGAGGACGUUGUGUCUUAUGACGAUUGGGGAGGUGGGGAAGGAGGUUGAUUUGGGCGGGGAGGUGGUUGAGAUGUUGACGGGGCAGUUUGUUAAUCCGUCUGAGGAGGUGAGGAGUGCGGCGGCGUAUGCGGUUGGUAAUGUUGCGGUUGGAAAUUUGGGGGUUUAUUUGCCGGUGUUGUUGAAGAGGAUGGAUGAGGAGAAGAGUGAGAGGCGGCUUUUGCUUUCGGCGUUGAAGGAGGUGAUUAAGGGUGCGUCGGCGGCUGAGUCGACUGUGUUGAAGGAUAGUGCUGGGGUUAUCUGGAAGAGGGUUGCGGAUGAGGCAGAGGAGGAUGAUGAUGCGAAUAGGACUGUUGCAGCUGAGUGUGCGGGGCGGUUAACGCUCGUUCGUCCGGAGAUUUUCUUGCCAGAGUUGAGGGCGAGGAUGAAGAAUGAGAGUGCGGCGGCGAGGGCGAGUGUUAUCUCCGCUGUUCGCUAUACUUUUACGGAGACCACGUCAACUUCUGCAUCGACGGAGGAUCUUCUUCGUCCUCUUAUUCAGGAUUUCCUUUCGCUUCUUGAGGAUGCGGAUCUUUCUGUUCGUCGUCUCGCUCUGUUUGCGCUGAAUAGUGCUGCGCAUAACCGUCCUGCUUUGAUCCGGGAGCACUUGCACCGUAUCCUACCACUUCUUUUGGAGGAAACGCGUAUUAGACCCGAGUUGGUCCGCGAAGUCCAGAUGGGCCCUUUCAAGCACAAGGUCGACGACGGACUCGAACUACGCAAGAGCGCAUUUGAGACGAUGUACGUCCUCCUCGACCCUGUCUUCUCCGACUUCAACGAUACCAUCGAUCCCACAUCCCGUGCCCGAUUCCUCGAAGUCCUGGUUAGAGGUUUGGAUGAUGGGCAUGAUAUCAAGGUUCUCUCCUGUCUCAUCCUCACGAAACUCCCUACACUCCCUGGCGAUGGGGUUACCGCCAUCCUCCUCCCCGCACUCGAUUCUCUCGCGGCGAAGUUCCGUGCGUUGCUUGAGACGAAACUUAAGGAAACUGCCGUGAAGCAGGAUAUUGAGAAAAACGCGGAACUGCAACGUUCGGUUUUGAGGGCUGUGGUUGGGUUGAAGAGGGUUGUAGGAAGUGGGGACGUGGAGGGGGUUGUUGCGCCGGGCUGGCGGGCGUUUGUUGAGGAGGUUUGGAAGGGAAAGUUUGGGGAGGAGGUUAAAGGGUUGGAGAGGGAGAGGGAGGGGCAGGAGGGGGGGAGGGAAGGGGAUGACAGGAUGGAUGUGUCGUGAUUGUCCUUACUACUAUUGGGAUGAGGAGAUGCAGUUGGUUUGUUUGGGGUUGUAUGAUUAUGGCUACAGAUACCUUGCUAAUGGGAUUGGUAUUGCACAUGG